CAGCAGACAGCAAUCGUGUGUGUCUGCCCGAGUGGUUCGGAUCGGCCGCGUGUUCACAGUCGUUAGAUCCGAGUUGUAUUUGUGAGUGCAUAGUAGAGGGUUGAGGGGCGAGAGGGAGGAAGCGGAUGUCCGGGCCGGGCUUUACGGAGGCAGCCGACCUCCUACCCGAGCUAAAUGGUGCCGACCUGGCAAUGUCGCUGAGCCCCAAGCACCAGCCACACACUACACCGUUCUCAGUCACCGACAUCCUCAGUCCCAUCGAAGAGAGCUACCGCAAACUGGAGCUGUGCGCGCCAGGAUCGCCCUACAGGGGCAGUGGAGGCAGCAGUGCCGGCUCGUCAGCCGGAGGCGGCGGUCCGACUACCGCCCCCAGUCCACACACGCCUCAGGGCUACAUGCAUGCCAUGCCACCCCAGUACUACAAUGGCGCCUCGGCCGCCGCCGACCUGCCGCCAUACUCCAAUUCGGCCGCCGCCGCCGCUGCCGCCUCAUGGUAUCCCACCACCCCCAACGACCCAAGAUUCGCAAAUGGAGCUGGAUACGCUGGAGAUGGAUACCGUUGCUUUGGAGGCGAAAAAAUUUCCUAUUUAUCAAGACUGAUGGGCAGCACAGCGUCUGCAUCGAUGAACAUGGGCAACAUGUCAGCGCUCUCCACAUGCAGCGUCACCGACACAAAACCCAUGCAGUUUCCCCUCACGCAACGUCGCAAGAGGAGAGUUCUCUUCACUCAAGCUCAGGUUUAUGAGCUGGAAAGGAGGUUUAAGCAACAAAAGUACCUGUCCGCACCCGAAAGGGAGCACUUAGCAAGCUUAAUACACUUAACGCCUACCCAGGUUAAAAUCUGGUUCCAAAACCACCGAUACAAAUGUAAAAGGCAAGCCAAAGAAAAAGCAAUGGCUGAACAAAACGCUCAAAAUCAAGCGCAGAGCUCUCCGCGACGGGUAGCGGUGCCCGUUCUUGUGAAGGACGGCAAGCCGUGCGGCAGCGGAGGCGGCAACGAGAACGGCGGUGGCGGUGGUGGCAGUGGUGGGGGCGGAGGUGGAGGCAGCGGCGGCCGGGGGCAGACGGGGGCAGGCAGCCAUUGUGCGGGACACAGUCCACAUCCACAGCACCACCAACAGGCCAGCAUACUGAGCAACAUGGCGGCUGCAGCCGCGGCAGCUGCCUACCCGCGACAGAACCUGCAGCAUCCCCACCAGCAGUGCUCGUCCUACCUGCCGCUGCAGGGUCGCGCCUGGUAGUCCGACUGGCCGCCUCUAGCCGGGGCGGGACCAUCCUCUCAACGCCAAGCCGCGUGCUCGCUAGCUGCUGCAUCACAACGCUCCUUGUACUCGACCAUACAAACAUAAUGUAUUAUAGCCAAUAUUAGUCUCACACUUUCUUGUUGAAAUAUUGACAGAAACGUUUUUCAGAUCUUGAGUGUAUCCUUUUUUAAAAGUGGAGUGAUCCAUGGUAUUGUGGAUGAAGUGCUUGCAUAGCAAUGUAUAGAUCCCGGGUUUUUAAUUGAACGGUUCUAACCAAGUCAUUCCCGUUGUGUUUUCGGAUGGGCACGAACUGUUAUGGUCCAGGCCAAAGUAUAAAAGUCUUAAAAUUGAAUUAUAACUAUGUAAUUAUAUAGUAAUUAUUGGGUUCGAAUCCCAGCCCGGGCAAGAUAUUUUUUUCGGGCCACUCCCGUGUUUCGGAUGGACACGUUAAACUGUCUGUCCCGGCUGCCUAACAAGCAGACGUUAGGUCAUGUCAGAGGCCCUGAAAUUGAUCAGUUGCGACCUGAAAACUCUGACACAAGACCUGAGCCAGCUAGGUCACACGAUAUUAUUAUUAUUACCUAUAUAAGCAAUCGGCUUAAAUUAUAUCUAUUCAGGCCAGGUGAGAUCUUCCCGUAAGAGACUCCUCACCAAUAAAAUGCCAUAGGCUACGUAUCUAAUCAACCUUUCUAGUGAAAAGAAGAAUUUGAAGUUUGAAGUGUUGAGUCUGUAAAGAUUUGACACAUCAAGUAUCACUAUGAAUAGCUAGAUUAUACAGUGAGGGAAACAGCCCUCGAGUAUAUCCACAUCAAUAGAAUUCAGUAAAGCAGUGUUAAGUUUUCCACGUGAUUCUCUUGUAACUCUUUAAUAAAUUGAGUCUGUACAUGUAAAGCCCCGCACACACACAUAGAUUUUUGUUCGUACGAUAUUUUGCCGUCCUAAAGUAAAGUAAAUUCGUAUGGCUUUUGUUGGUGGGGAGUCCCUUGCCGUCAAUGGUCCUUAAGACUGUCAUACUUCAGCCGGGACCGACAGUUUAACGUGCCCAUCCGAUAACACGGGAGUGAUCUGGUUAAAAAACUUUUGGUAUUGAGAGGGUUUGAACCAGGGAUCUCUAUGCUGCUACGCAAGCACUCUAUCCACUAGACCACGGAUCACCUCAUGAAUUCUAUCAGAUCAAACAGAGAUUGACAAACAUCAUCUGUUUGUAAUCGUCUGUUUAAUGUGAUAGAAUUUAUAAGAACGGCAAAAAAUCGUACAAACAAAAUCGAUGUGUGUGUGCCGGGCUUUACCUAAGACGACCGGAUGACCAAAAAUGUGUAGUCCCUGGUAGGACAGUUUACCAUUUGUAAUUCAUAUGUCCGUAUUCCAUCGUUCGGAAAUGAAUAGGAUUCCAAGAUUCACUACAUUGUGGCCUGAAUUGAAUGUAAAUAAAUUGUAUGAAAAUGAAAUUAUAUUCAAUUGAAUGUCGGAUAUUAUCCUUGUAAUUUGAUAUCUUUCGACAAUGUAGAUGCCCGUUGAUUGGAAAUGUGAGCAUAUCAAAGGCUCAAAUGAGGGUGAUAGCUCACGAAAGAUGAUUGAUUUCAAAGCUGAUUGGCUGACACCUUUCAACCAGAAACCCAUUUCUGUCAUCCUAUCAAUAAGAAAGUGAAGACCAAAGAGUUACUAGAGCGUAGUGAUGAGCAGUCUACUAAAUUCCCAAAGUGUGAUUAUUGUAAUCAAAGGAACACUGUGUUAUAAUCUGGCCAAGAAAGACUCACUGUCUAGUCAAUCAGUGCGUGGUCUUACUUAUUAUGUACUGUACAUGUGAAUAAUAUAAGGUAUUGGCACUUGUUACAAGGAGUGCAGAAACUUUAGCCUUAAUUUUAGUUGGGGGUAAGAUCUACUUAGUUUCUAUAGUAUUUACCUCAUUCGAUUUCAAUUUCGCUAUAAUGGAACGUUUUUAAAAAUUUUGUUAUAGGCUAAUAAAUCAGCCAUAAUGUAUCUCCAAAAUGAUCUUGAAGGUAUAAUUUUUGCAACUAAAUUGAUUUUAAAUAAAUUAUAUUAUUCAAGUAAUCUGAGUAUUGAAGCUUAUCUAGCUUUGAAUAACAAAAUGGAAUGGGUUUAUAUUGACAAAAUUCAUUUCGAAUAGGGGUAGAAAAUGAAAUGAGAGCGUGGGUGAGCAUUCCAUAAUUCUCAUAAUUUCAGAAAUAUUCUCGGAAUAGGCCUAGUGCCUCAUUUUUAAAACCCAUACUCUGAUUUGUCUAUUCUAUUCGUUUAGUUUAUGUCUAGUUUAGACAUUCCGGUCAUCGGCAUUCGUGAAUUUGAAGAAUCGAUUUCAGAGGUGUAGCUUUUUACAUCCGAGAAAUAGUUUUUAUUACCCAAUUUAAUUGGUCGAUAUUACCCAAUUUCUGACUUGGUAAUAGCCAGCCCCAAAAUUCUUAAGAAUUAAAAUACCAGAAACUAUAGUAUUGAUUAAUAUUAUAAUAAUUUAGAAAUAAUUCUCCACUCCCUUCUUGGAAUUAAAAGGCAUAGAAGAGUCUCUGCAUCCUUGACAAGUACGCCUCAAGCGCAAUAAUUUUAAAAUAAAUAAUUUAUUGUUGCCUGUUGUACUUAACUAUUUAAAUAGAAAUUUUGUAAAAGUGAACUGUAAAUAUUUGUAAGAUGAGUGAAAAGAACGAGUGAAUAAAUUAAAAAUGUGCGUGAGCUCUUGUUGAAUUAUUAUCCAUUUGAUUGUAAUUGAGUUGAAUAAUAUUUUAGAUUAGUAAGUUGAAUUUGAAAUACUGAAUUGUAGGCUUUUCAAAUAGUUAAGAUAUUUCAUCAGACAUUGUUUAUUGAUGAAUUUAUCGAAUUGAUCAUUGAAUGAUUAGAAUCAAUUAGAAUCAGCUUCCUCAGAGCAGGCUAUACUUUUUUAAACUGUCAUUGUUGAUGAAAUUCACUUGUUUGAAUAAAAUAAUAAAGCUUUUGGAUGAAUUGUGAUUGAAAAUAUAAUUCUCACUAUCACUGGAAAUAACUUUAAAUCCCAUAAAACAGACAUUUUAUCGAUUUCAAACACUUUUCAUUGAUGAAAACAUGUUCAGGUAGACUAUGGGUGUGGAUUGGCUGCUUCCUGUUUGGGAAAAUUCCAGAUAAUAUUCUAUCCUCUUUUUAAUUCUAAACACAAUUCCCAUCUCACUCAUCACUAUAACUUUACAACGCACAAGUGUUUCUUCUAAUGUAAAGUCUGUAAUAAACCAGAAGAGAGUAAAAAAUAUAGUUUGUUCUAAUCAAUAGCAAUAAAUAUCCUAUUUUUAGGAAAAACGAUGGCUGGAGUAAACGAUUACAGUAUCAUUAAAUUAGAUUUUGUUUGUUAUGCUAGUAAGCAAUUUUAAUAAUCGUUGAAUGAUCUUCGAAUCUAUUAAGAACGCUGACUAUUAAAAGAAAUUGAUUAAACAGGUUUUAUUCAUGAUUAUUGUGAAGAUAAAAUAAUAUUUUCAAUUAUUACGAAAUUAUUUGUUUUGAACAAAAUGUAUCGAACCGAUUAUUAAUCGAAUCAUGGCAAUAAUUUCGAAUUCUAUAAAUUUUUCAAUAAAACCAAUUCAGCCUACUCACAAUCACUUGUUUCUGAACAAGAUACUUUAGACCAUAUAUGUUGUAAAUACACAAAAUACAAUCUAUGAUAUCAAGUUUC